UGCCUCCCGAUGACCCAAUAAUUAUUGGUGGACCUGUUAUUAGCUUGCGAGCUGGAGACCCCCUGAACCUGACCUGCCAUGCCGACAAUGCCAAGCCAGCUGCAUCCAUUAUCUGGAUGCGGAAAGGAGAAGUCAUCAAUGGAGCAACCUAUUCCAAGACAGUGCUCCGUGAUGGCAAGAGGGAGAGCAUCAUGAGCAUGCUUUUUGUCUCCCCAUCCGACAUUGAGAAUGGCCAGACCAUCGUUUGCCGGGCCACCAACAAGGCCAUUCCUAGUGGGAAAGAGACUUCGGUCACCAUUGACAUCCAACAUCCACCCCUCGUCAAUCUGUCAGUAGAACCUCAGCCUGUCCUUGAGGACAACACCAUAAAGUUUCACUGCUCUGCUAAGGCCAACCCUGCAGUCACCCAAUACAGGUGGGCCAAGAAGGGACACAUUAUCAAAGAAGCUUCAGGAGACUCCUAUGAGACCAUUGUUGACUACACCUAUUUUUUCGAGCCAGUAUCCUGUGAGGUGACCAAUGCCUUGGGUAGUACCAACAUCAGCAGGACCGUAGACGUCUACUUUGGGCCACGCAUGAUGACUGAACCACAGUCCCUCCUCGUGGACCUUGGAUCAGAUGCCAUAUUUAACUGUGCAUGGAUUGGGAACCCAUCUCUGACCAUCGUCUGGAUGAAGCGGGGCUCAGGCGUGGUCCUGAGCAAUGAGAACACAUUGAUGCUAAAGAAUGUGCACCAAGAGGAUGCUGGGAAGUAUGUAUGCCGAGCUGUGGUCCCACGUGUGGGUGCAGGAGAACGGGAAGUAUCUCUGACUGUCAAUGGGCCACCUAUUAUCUCCAGCACACAGACGCAGCAUGCGCUCCACGGGGAGAAGGGCCAGAUCAAGUGCUUCAUCCGUAGCACUCCUCCACCCGACCGUAUUGCCUGGUCCUGGAAGGAGAACGUCCUGGAGUCGGGCACCUCGGGGCGAUACACCGUAGAGACGGUCAGCACUGAUGAAGGGGUGAUAUCCACAUUGACCAUCAGCAACAUUGUACGGGCUGACUUCCAGACCAUUUACAACUGCACUGCUUGGAACAGCUUUGGCUCGGACACUGAGAUAAUCCGCCUGAAAGAACAAGGUACGGAAAUCAAAUCAGGAGCUGGUAUGGAAGCAGAGUCAGUGCCAAUGGCAGUCAUCAUAGGUGUGGCAGUGGGAGCCGGUGUGGCAUUCUUGGUCCUGAUGGCCACCAUUGUGGCCUUCUGCUGUGCUCGCUCACAGAGAAAUCUGAAAGGUGUGGUUUCAGCCAAGAAUGAUAUCCGUGUCGAGAUUGUCCACAAGGAGUCCACCUCUGGCAGAGAAACUGAGGAACACCCAACAAUCAAGCAGUUGAUGAUGGACAGAAGUGAGUUCCAGCAAGAUUCAGUUCUUAAGCAGCUGGAGGUACUCAAGGAGGAAGAGAAGGAAUUCCAGAACCUGAAGGACCCCACCAAUGGCUAUUACAGCGUGAACACCUUCAAAGAUCACCACUCCACACCCACCAUCUCCCUUUCGGGCUGCCAGCCGGACCUGAGACCGGCCAACAAGCAGCGUGUGCCAACCGGCAUGUCCUUCACCAACAUCUACACAACCCUGAGUGGGCAGAACCGCCUCUAUGACUACAGCCAGCGCUUCGUCCUGGGCAUGGGCAGCAGCUCCAUCGAGCUGUGCGAGCGGGAAUUCCAGCGGGGCUCCAUGAGCGACAGCAGCUCCUUCCUGGACACGCAGUGCGACAGCAGCGUCAGCAGCAGUGGCAAGCAGGACGGCUACGUACAGUUCGACAAGGCCAGCAAGGCCUCAGCCUCCUCUUCCCACCACUCACAGUCCUCGUCUCAAAACUCAGACCCCAGCCGGCCCCUGCAGAGGAGAAUGCAGACCCACGUGUGAAG